AACUUCCGGGAGUUUGGUACUGACACGUUUCGGUUUGCUUGUGUCACUGCUGAAAAAAACAAGAUGCUGAAAACAAUUAUUUUGAUCGGUGGUCCAAUGAAGGGUACACGAUUCCGUCCCCUGUCCUUGGAAAUCCCUAAACCAUUGUUUCCAGUCGCAGGAUUCUCAAUCAUCUACCAUCACAUUGAAGCAUGCAGCAAGAUUCCAGGCAUGAAGGAGGUGAUACUAAUGGGCUUCUAUCAGCCAAAUGAUGCUCUGACCAAAUUUAUCAACUCGGCUCAAAAGGAAUUUAAGUUACAAGUACGGUACCUACAAGAGUACACAGCCUUGGGAACAGCAGGAGGAUUAUACCACUUCAGGGACCAGAUCCUGGCAGGGAACCCAGACUAUUUUUUCGUGAUGAAUGCUGAUGUGUGCGGAGACUUUCCACUACAGGAUAUGUUGGAUCAGCACAAACACAGUCCAGCCAGUAUCUGUUGUACUAUAUUAUGUACAGAGGCCACCCGACAGCAGUCUCUUAACUACGGCUGUGUGGUUGACAACAAAGAUACACAUGAGGUCCUCCAUUAUGUGGAAAAACCAGAAACUUUUGUCAGUACAGCUAUCAACUGUGGGAUAUAUUUGUUGUCUCCGAGAGUCUUUGAGCCACUACAGCAGAUCUUCCAAAAAAAUCUCCAGGACAACUACAAAUCAAACACCUGCUCUGUAGCAGGGCUGUAUGAUGGCCUGAACUUUGACCCCAGUUCUCCAUCUAAAGAGAUGAUUCACCUGGAGCGAGAGAUUUUUAUCCCCCUUGCCAACACUGGUAAACUUUACGCUCACCAUACAGACCGUUUCUGGAGUCAGAUCAAGUCCUCUGGAGCUGCUAUUUAUGCUAAUAGACAUUACUUAGCUAUAUACCGUGACAGUCAUCCUGAGAGACUCGCUGGGAAUGACAAAGACAGGCCUACAAUACGAGAGGAUGUGUACGUACACCCAACAGCACAGGUUCAUCCGACAGCAUUGCUCGGCCCUAAUGUGACAAUCGGAAAACAUGCUACAAUAGGAGAGGGCGUUCGUGUGAGAGAAUCCAUUGUACUGGAAGGAGCCACACUCCAGGACCAUUGCUGUGUGCUGUACAGUGUGAUAGGCUGGAACAGCACGGUGGGUUUGUGGACGAGGGUAGAGGGUACCCCCAAUGAUCCAAACCCAAACAAACCCUUUGCCAAGAUAGAGACAACCUCAACAUUUACAUCAGAGGGCAAACUCAAUCCAUCUAUAACUGUGAUAGGAUCCAACGUGACCGUACCGUCGGAAGUAGUCAUUCUCAACUCCAUUGUUCUGCCUGACAAAGCUCUCAGUGGCAGCUACAAGAACCAGAUCAUCCUUUGAGUACCAAAAACUGUACAUCUAUCCAAACUGGGCCUGUACCCAACUGGAAUUAAUUUGUACAAAACUGUACAUCUAUCCAAACUGGGCCUGUACCCAACUGGAAUUAAUUUGUACCAAACUGUACAUCUAUCCAAACUGGGCCUGUACCCAACUGAAAUUGAUUUGUACCAAACUGUACAUCUAUCCAAACUUGGCCUGUACCCAACUGGAAUUGAUUUGUACCAAACUCUAUAUUUAUCAUAACUAAAUCUGUCCAGUAUGCCCAGAAUGGACAAUCUUGCAUAAUUAUUUAUUAUAUUUUCUGUAUUAUCAUGGUUUUCAAAUUUAUUUGUCAUUCACAUGUUGAUGUUAUCAGAUAAAAGGUGUUUUGUGGACUAAA